AUGGGUGUGAUAAUGAACCGAGUCGGGAUCGGCUCUUGUACCUCAUUUAAUUGGAAAGACGCCGGCUACUCUUGCGAACCGCCCGCCCGUCCCCCUUUUGAGUCAGUCUUCUCCAGUCGCGGCCCUUCUGGUGCUUCUGCCUCUUUACCUUUUUUUGUUUCUUGCGCUUCUUCCGUUAUUCAAGAUUGUUCCGUGAAGGAGCCGACUUCCAUCGAGUCCAAUCGCGCCGUUCUGCCGGUGCUUUGCUUUCCUGGGUCUCUUCCUUUCGGGGGGCCUCGAACCCAAGCGGCAAUCACAUCCAGCCCAGACUGGGAAAGCACGGCCUUCCUCCAGGUUCCUUGUCUAGCGCCUGCCUUUUCUGCCGUGGAUCGACGCCUCUUUUCAUUUCUCCUCCCGUGA